AUGGAAUGGGACCAUGAGCAGUCGGACAAGUUGAGAGAGCAAUACGGGCCGGAGAACACAGGAGGAGACGCCGCCAAGCCCCGCCCCGCCCUUCGGGAGCAGUCUAGCGACAACUGGACCGUCUCGCAUCGUCCCUCCUCCCACACAUCUCUCACCUGGAGCCCAAUCUCCACCUCCUCUCCCAGGGCCUCCAAAAGCCGGGCGGGCCGCUCCUCCAGGCGGCACCGGACGCGCCUAAGACUCCUGCACCCCAGAAGGGCUCUCACACCGACACCCGCCCGGCCGGGGUCUCGGGAAGUUCCCGUCGGCCCCUGGGCUCCGACUUUCCCGCCUUGCGCGGAUCCCGAGUCCGGACGCCCCGGGGGACCCAAUCUUCCAGAUCUGGGGCCCGCCCUCCAACCGUCCAGAUCUGGGACCCAAGCCCCGGCGCAGGCCAGCAGAACUCUAAGCAGGAUCUGCAAAGAAGGCGUGACCAAACCAACCGCGCAGCCAGAGAGCGGGAGGGACCACCCGAGCGUCGUGCGCCUGCGCACUCUCCCCUCGGCUGUGCAUCCUGGCCUGGAAGACGCGCGCGGGGCGGGGCAGAGCGGACGCAGGGAGGGAGGCACCGCGCACGCGUAUUCUGCGCAGGGUCUUGCUGCGUCGUUUGAGAGCUGGGCGCAGGUGCGCGCAUGCGCACUGGGCGGAGGGCGCGCGUUGGCAGGUGUCUGGGCUGGGCGUCGGCGGGCAAUGGGGUUGCUGGCGCUGUUGCUCAUCGCGCUGUGCGCGGCGGGCGUCCGAGGGCUCUAUUUCCACAUCGGCGAGACCGAAAAGCGCUGCUUCAUCGAGGAAAUCCCCGACGAGACCAUGGUCAUCGGGAACUACCGCACCCAAAUGUGGGAUAAGCAGAAGGAGAUCUUCCUACCCUCGACCCCCGGCCUGGGCAUGCAUGUGGAGGUGAAGGACCCUGAAGGCAAGGUGGUGCUGUCCCGGCAGUACGGCUCAGAGGGCCGCUUCACCUUCACUUCCCACACUCCUGGUGACCAUCAGAUCUGCCUGCACUCCAACUCUACCAGAAUGGCUCUCUUUGCUGGCGGCAGACUGCGUGUGCACCUAGACAUCCAGGUCGGGGAGCAUGCCAACAACUACCCCGAGAUUGCUGCUAAGGAUAAACUGACGGAGCUGCAGCUCCGAGCCCGCCAGUUGCUGGAUCAGGUGGAACAGAUCCAGAAGGAGCAGGAUUACCAAAGGUAUCGUGAAGAGCGCUUCCGUCUGAUCAGUGAGAGCACCAACCAGAGAGUCCUGUGGUGGUCCAUCGCUCAGACCGUCAUCCUCAUCCUCACUGGCAUCUGGCAGAUGCGUCACCUCAAGAGCUUCUUUGAGGCCAAGAAGCUGGUGUAGUGCCCUCUCCACAUGACCCUUUCCUGUCACCUCAGUUGUUUGGUACUUUCCCCACCCAAUACCUUAUCCAUAUGGAUUUUGAGGGAAGAAACAGUGAAAAAUAGAAUAUAAGCCACAUUGGUUCCAUGGCAACAAAGCAUUCAGAUCAGCCACUUGUUAACACUGGUUCUCAAGGACACAGGACAUUGGUCCAAGCUUUCAAAGAUCUGUCUUGGGGUUUGUGGGGAGUCAGAACUGACCCAGGACUAAGUCUUGCUUCUUUCGCCACUAGUGAUUCCUCUCCAUCCUGUCACAAAAUGAGCAAAUGUCUCUCCUACUGCUUUAACCUCUAUCUUCGUCUGCUUAGAAAGUAGGCGACCAAAAUGCCCCACCGAGGAGGCCCCACCUCACUGCUCCCCUGUCAGUCCUGGGUUCACUCAGUGGCUUCGUGAAUGUAAAUAAGGGGCAAAGGCCCCAGAGGAUUGAAAUGUUUUUCUAUAUAUUAGAACUAUUUUUUGAUAAAAUUAUAUAUUUUCCUUCCUAGUUGAAGUGUUACUGCCUUUGUGUGACUAGCUAAAAACACCAGUGCAGUCCCUUCUGCAUUGUUUAUCCAUGCAUUUUUGAUAACUAACUACCAUGGCAGCUCUCAGGAUUUCAGCUCUCAGGGCCAGAAAGCAGACAUCACAGCUGCUCUCAAGGCCUAAUCAGAGGGCCAGGCAGAGAAUUCUCUGGGACACCUGUGAUUUCCAUCACACAGGGCCUGAGUUCAGACUGAGGCAGUGACAGAGCUAGCAUAAGGCAGGGCACUCUUACCCUUCAUUUCCCUUAACCUUUAUUUAAGCUGUGGUAAAUGUUUUCUUCAUGGGAACCAGAUUUGGUUCUUUAUACAGAUUUUUCCAGUGAAAUAAAGCGUGUUGUAGUAGCUGUGUUUGAAAUGAAAUAAGAGGCUGUGGGCAGAGGGGAGGCACAAAGGGAAAUGGAGGAAAGGCUCUUGGUCUGGGUGCCUCUGCGGCUGACCCGGAGUGGAUUUCAGCAUGUGGGCUUGUGGUGCUAUAGAGCCUGGCCUGACUGGAGACUCCGGGGUUGUGGGAACGGACAGGGUGGUGGCUCGGCCAUUCACAGAGGUCAACCAGGUAGACCUGUCAGCAGGGAAUACUGUGAGGAGAUUACGUACCCGUUUCUUAGCUCCCUGGAAUCAUAAAUUUAAACACAUCUUAGUGUACUUCCCUCAUGCCCUUCUGCUGUAUAAAACUUAAUGCCCUUA